GACACCACCCUACGGAUUUGAGGGAUUCAGCUUCAGUAGGGUGUAAACAAAUCUCUACACUACGCCGAAUAAGGGAUCAUUUGUUAUUGAUGACUGUGAAAGCGAACUUCACUCGUAGAAUGUAGAUGAAAUGUGUUGUACAUUAAAGGGUUGGCAUUGGAUCAUUUAGCAAUGUUAUCCCAAACAUUUUUGCAACAAUGGUCGCCAGGUGAAUUGUCCAUAACCAUAUGAUAUUUCGACGAUGGCGACACCUGCAGAGCAAGACCUUGCAUUAGCUGAAGCAGAAAGCAACAAGGAGAAGUCUCAAGUAUUUGGAAUCCUUAGGUUACAGGAAGAAAAAUCGGCCCUUGAAAAAGCUAGCACCACGACCAUGAUGGCAGGGGACGGGAGAUGGCAGGCGCCCAUAUUUGCCCUAGCCAGGAAAGCAUCGGAGACCUUUUCAGGAAACAGCAGUCAUGUUCUGGCGAAGGUAGCGGAACCCACAUCUUUUGUAAACGAAUGGAGUGUCCCAGCUCUGCGGGACCCUAUGUCGAUGGAGAGAACUAACCUGCUGAACAUGGCCAAGCUCAGCAUCAAAGGCCUGAUCGAGUCGGCCCUCAGUUUUGGACGCACCCUGGACUCCGACUACCCUCCACUCCAGCAGUUCUUUGUUGUCAUGGAGCACUGCCUCAAACAUGGCCUCAAAGUGAAGAAGUCCUUUCUUGGAUACAACAAGUCACUGUGGGGUCCUCUGGAGAUGGUGGAGAAGUUGUGUCCUGAGGCAGGAGAGAUUGCAGCCAGCGUCAGGGACCUACCAGGACUAAAGACUCCACUGGGCAGAGCUCGGGCCUGGCUGCGUCUGGCCCUGAUGCAGAAGAGGCUGGCUGAUUACCUCCGCCUUCUGAUCACCAGAAAGGACCUGCUGAGUGAUUUCUAUGACAACUCUGCUGUGAUGGUAGAGGAGGAGGGUGCUGUCAUCGUUGGCCUGCUGGUGGGACUCAAUGUGAUCGAUGCCAACCUGUGUGUCAAGGGCGAGGACCUGGAUACACAGGUUGGGGUCAUUGACUUCUCAAUGUACUUGAAAAAUGACAUUGAUGACUACAGAAGUGGAGAAAGAAAUGGUCAAGUAGCAGCCAUCCUAGACCAGAAGAACUAUGUUGAAGAAUUAAAUAGGCAGCUUAAGUAUUUUUCUUUUUCUUUACCAUACUGUAUCAUUUUUGGAGAAAAAAAAUGUUGGUGUGAUUGCUCAACCAUGUGUUUCAGCUCUUAUUUAGGCCAAGUCAUUGGCACUGGUUAUGCAAGUACAGAUGUCUCUUCUGUUGUAUUAGCUUCUUCAGUUCACGGCUUACAAGGGAGGGUCGAUAACUUGGAGAAAUCAAACUCUAAACUCAUUGAGGAGCUGGCGAUUGCAAAAAAUAACAUAAUCAAACUGCAAGAGGAGAACCAUCAGCUUAGAAAUGAGAACACUAUUAUUCUCAUAAAAGCUCAGCAGCAACUUGAGGUGACCCAGGUUGACGUGGAUGUGGAGCUGGACACCUAUAAGCAGUCGAGGCAGGGCCUUGACGAGAUGUACAACGAGGCCAGGAGACAGCUCAGGGAGGAGUGUCAACUACGCCAGGAUGUGGAAAAUGAGUUGGUGGUACAGGUGAGCAUGAAGCAGGAGAUGGAUCUGGCCAUGAAACUGUUGGAAAAGGACAUUCACGAAAAACAGGACACACUGAUCGGCCUGCGCCACCAGCUGGAUGAAGUCAAGGCCAUCAAUGUGGAAAUGUACACAAAAAUGCAGACUUCUGAUGAUGGCAUGAAACAGAAGAACGACAUGAUCACUCGUUUGGAGGAGAAGACCAAUCAAAUCACAGCAACCAUGAAACAGCUGGAGCAAAGAUUACAAGAGGCAGAGCGGGACCGUUGGACUGCAGAAGACGGAGCUCGCAAAUUCAAGCACGACUUUGCCAACAAAGCCGACAGCCUCCAAAAGCAGAUAGCCCAGAGAGAGAAACAAAUGCUGCAGCUGGAGACAGACCUAAAGAUUGAGAAGGAGUGGCGGCAAACCUUACAGAACGACCUGGAGAGGGAACGAGACAUCGUCGCCCAGCUCAGUGCUGAAGCCCAGCAAAUAAAUGGACUUAAAAAGGAGUUCCACAGGCUGCAGGAUGAGAACAGCCAGCUGAAGGGGAUUUGUGAAGAACAGGAGCAGGCCCUGGAGGAGCUAGGCUGCAAACUCAGCGAAUCAAAACUUAAAAUCGAAGACAUAAAAGAGGCAAAUAAAGCUCUUCGGGGAGGGCAGGUCUGGUUGAAGGACAAAGAUGCUACCCACUGUAAACUUUGUGAGAAGGAGUUCUCCAUCUCUAGGAGAAAGCAUCACUGUAGAAACUGUGGGGAGAUCUUCUGCAAUGCCUGCUCUGACAACGAGCUGCCCCUCCCUGCCUCACCAAAACCAGUGAGGGUCUGUGAUAUUUGCCAUGCCCUUCUCCUCCAGCGCUGCUCCUCCAAUGCCACGUGAGAUGCACCCCUUCAGGCCCAGCCGCAGCUUUAACUCAAUUCCCUGCAGCUCAGACUACCAGGAAACCUCUGAGCUCGUGUGACUGUUAUCAGAUGUCAAGUGUGUACAUUCUACAAGGUAUAUCGCUUUGUGUAGCAUGAGAUUUGAGAUGUUAUAUCUGUGACACUAAGGUUCUUGUGAUAAAUGUCAACAUUCCCUUACAAUAGAUAAACCAUUUGGGCAGCUGAGCAUAUCAUUCCAAAUCUGCAGUAAGAAUAUCUUGAUGAGACAAUUUUAAAGUAUGUUUCUCUGUGUGACAGUGGCUGAGCCUGAUGUGAUUAGGACUGGAGUCAUAUUUUUUGUUUUGAGUCAUGUUAUUUCACUUGAACGGUCUGAAAGGACGAGUACAUUUUUGUUGACCAAAUCUCUUUUUUAUUUACAUUUGUGUGCUUUCUCAUUCCUAUUAUGGUGAGAACCUGGGAAUGCUUGAACACGGAAAGUAUCACUCGAGGUUAACAAAAUGGAAUAACAUUGGAUAAAGUUUAAUGACACUUGUGUACAACAUCUAAAGAAAUGCAUCACUAUACUGAGUGUUGUCAUUUCUAAAAAUAUAUGUUUUUGGAGCUGUUUUAUCUGUGCCCCUGCAACUGUAGAAAGAGCAUGAGGAAAUAACUUGCUGGUGGGGUUUCUCAAAACCAAGUGAAAUCGCAAAAGAAGUGGCUGAACACUGCUAUAGCAUGCUAUUUACAAAAAAAGAGAUUUGGUUAAACAAAGUAAACUUCUUCUCCUAUAACUGAUGUAAUUCACAUGUGCCUCUAAUAAGCCAAAAUACUGAGUACCUUUCAGACUUGUUUCUGCAUGGUAGAAUGCAGGCACAUUUCAGAAGUAUGUUUACCAAAAGCACUAAUGUUCCCGAUACUGCUUUGUGACGAAGAAGCAGAAACUACAUGAAACGGGGCAGCAAAUGUAUGUUGUACUUUUGAUUAAGUAGGACUAAUAAAUUAUUACCUUAAGUAUUCAAAUACAGUAUCUAGCUAACAAUUCAGUUUGGAAACAUGCCAAUCUUAUUUCUUUUCAGAGACAAAUCAGGCAAGUUAAAAAACUUGGAUCACUAAGUGGCAAGGAAUUUGAGAUGCACUAAUUCGUGUAACCACUUAUACACUUGCUGGAAUUUGUUUUGUAUUCAAUCAGCAAAGCAAUGUUUACAAUAUAUAAUUUUACAAAACUGGAAUUAAUACUUUUAGAAAUGGAUGUGCUACAUCUCACAUUGAUGAUCAAAACAUACUGUGUGCAGUCUGUUUUCAAUAUAUUGUCUUGUUCACUAGAAGCCA